AAGUAGAAGCAAACUGCGUAUAAUUUCCUCUACAAAUGUCAACAAACUAUCUGGAAGAUUUUGAUGUUACUAUCAAUACAUAUUAGCUGUUUUGAAAAGAUAAUUCGACUUCUCAGUGGUGUCACGAUCCCUAUGGAGACUGAAGCAGCUCAGCCUGGAGAGGGGUCCAAAACAACUGCUCCGCCCCGGAAGAAAAAACCCGCCAUGGAAAUCUACGUGCCCAAGAAACGCCAGGCCGAGACGAUGGAGAAGCCUCAGGCAGGGGGUGACAAGAAAUCCAGACCCAGGCCCCGGUACACCGACAAGGCCCGCAAGAACAAGAAGGAUAAAGCCAAAGCGACAGAGACCCCAGACGGAGAGAUAAAACCGGAUGAAGCGGGGCGGGAGGAGGGAGAUAAAGAAAACCUAAACAUGCACACAGAAAAAGAGGAGGAGUCUAGAGAUGAUACAGACAGUGUAUCCAGAACUAUAAACACACCAGAGGACACGGGUGGUGCACUAGAACAUGACGGGGAGGAGGAGGAGGAUGAAGGGGAGAACUGGGAUUCUUUCUUUAAUGAUGAUGGUGACCGUCUUGACCCACAUUUAAUGAAGGAGAUGUCUCUUAAGGAAGGCCGCAAGAAGCCGUCUAUACAGGAGCCGCGCUUCGACUACUAUAAUUGGACGCCGGACGAGGAGGUGGAGCUUCGGGACGAUGAGCUGUCACACAUCGUGGAGAUAUACGACUUCCCGUCUGAGUUCAAGACGGAGGACUUGAUCAGAGCCUUCAGCUCGUUCCAGCAGAAGGGGUUUGACAUCAACUGGAUUGACGACACACAUGCCCUCGGUUUGUUCUCCAGUCCCAUCGCAGCUCAAGAUGCUCUGAGGAUGAAGAACCCCAUGAUGAAGGUCAGGCCUCUCUCCGAAUCAUCAAACGCCACUAAAGCCAAAGCACGCAGCUGCUCCGAUUAUCUGCUGCCGGCUAAAGAGCGUCCUCAGACGAGCGCGGCUCUGGCACGCCGCCUGGUGAUCGGGGCUCUGGGUGUGACGAGUAACCAGACCAGAGAAGAGCGAGAGGCCGAGAGGAACAAACUACGGCAGGCCAGAGAACAAAAGCAUUUGGAUGUUAAGCAGCGUGAAGAUGCCAGGGAGGACAGAUGAAGACAGCAGUGGGACCUUCAGCAGGACGGUCUGAACCAAAGCCAGAAGAACAGGGACACCGGUUCUCGAAGCCACACACUUCAACAGGGACGGUUUCUAAUCUUUCCUCUUGAGAUUUGUUUUGAAGUGUGAACCUUUGCCUGUAAAUCUGUGAUUGUUUUUAGUUUUGGAAAGGCCGUUUUAAUGUAUUUUUGUGUAAGAAUGUUUUUCUUUUUGGUGACUAAAACUAUUUACAUAACGUCAGUGUGAUUUUUUUUUUUUUUGCCGAAAAGUCGACACCAAAAGCUGAUGAUGUCUUUCAUGCAACUAAUUUGUUUUAAAGAGUAGGUUUUUUAAAAAAGUAGGUAGGUCAAGGAUCAUAGUAGAACUUGUACUGCCAUAAAUUGCAGAUUUUAAUGAAAACUUAAUUACAGUGACUAUUUUCUAAAUCCUAAUUGCGAUAUGGUUGUAAAAAUACGCUUUUUUUAAAUAUAAGAAUAUGAUUAGACUAAAGUCAGUUGUUAACAUUUUAAUACCACUCAAGUAUUUGCAAACCAUCAGCACAUUCUAAAGGAACUUUUUUUUUUUUGUACAUGUUCUCAUUAUUACUGUAAAUACUAUGCUGUUUUGUUUAGCUCUAAAAGAUUGUUCAGCUACUAAAUUGAUUGAUGCACUUUUUCAUGUGUCUGUUGUUCUUAGAUGUGGUUGCACUUGAAUUCCCAGCUCUGCUCUCAAUAAAAAUGUUAAUCUUUCUCUAAAA